UUCAUUUUCUUGCGCUUGCUUUUCAUAAUGAAGAGCACUUAUGUCCUCGCAGCUUUUGCUGCUGGCACCAAUGCUCUCGUUGGUCGUAGCGAGAGCUGCUGCUUCCACAUCACUGCCUCUGGAGACCUCUCAGGAACCCUGGGCCAGUUGGAUGACGGCCAGGUUCGACUCGGUGAUGACAGUCUUUCUGCUUCUCAAUUCUGCAUUAACUCUGCCGGUUAUAUCACUGAUGGUGCCGGCCGUGGCUGCGUGAUCACCGCCGAGACUACCCAGUUUCAAUGUGACCAGGGUAGCACUGGAACUCCUGGCUUCUCGAUCUCAUCAUCGGGUGAGAUUGAAUUUAGCGGCUCAGAGGACUUCAUUGCCUGUGAAACUGGCGAGAGAGGCGGCCGGAACAUCUACACUACCAACAGCACAUCCGUUACCAUGUGCAAGAACGUGGAGUUGACGGCUGAUUCGUGCGCUGCAUCCGGUUUUGGUGCUAGCUCCAGUGCGGUUCCUUCAUCUUCUGCCAGUGCUGCUGCUUGGUCUUCGACUCCUGGUUACAGUUACAGCAGCGUUGUUUCUUGGUCUGCUGCCCCGGCCCCUAGCUCUGUCAGUUCCGCUGUUUCUUGGUCUGCUGCCCCGGCCCCUAGCUCUGUCAGUUCCGUUGUUUCUUGGUCUGCUGCCCCGGCCCCUAGCUCUGUCAGUCCCGUUGUUUCGUGGGCUCCAGCUCCCUCUGUCUCUUCUGGCCCUGCUUCUGACUCUGGAUCUGGAUCUGGAUUCCCUGGCUGGGGCUCCAGUGCUUCGGCUCCCGCCUGUGCACCGGUCACUGUGACCAUCACAGUUAAUGAGUGCUCCCCUAGUAGCGUUGCUCCCUUUUUCGCCCCUAGCGCUAGCUAUGGUUCAGGCUCGCAACCCUCUGCUUAUCCUUCUAGUGGCUCUGAUUCUGGCUCUGGCCCAGGAUGGCAACCAUCUGCUUCUUCCGGCAGUGGCUCUUACCCCUCAGACUCUUGGGCUGCUCCCUCUGCUAGCGGUUCCGGCAGUGGCUCUUACCCCUCAGACUCUUGGACUGCUCCCUCUGCUAGCGGUUCUGGCAGUGGCUCUUACCCCUCGGACUCUUGGGCUGCUCCCUCUGCUAGCGGUUCUGGCAGUGGCUCUUACCCCUCAGACUCUUGGGCUGCUCCCUCUGCUAGCGGUUCCGACAGUGGCUCUUACCCCUCAGACUCUUGGACUGCUCCCUCUGCUAGCGGUUCUGGCAGUGGCUCUUACCCCUCGGACUCUUGGGCUGCUCCCUCUGCUAGCGGUUCCGGCAGUGGCUCUUACCCCUCAAACUCUUGGACUGCUUCUGCUAGUGGUUCCGGCUCUGGCUCCAGCUCUCAGCCAUCUGCUUCCACUGGCAGUGGCUCCUACCCAUCGGACUCUUACAGUGCCUCUACUCCCUCGGGAAUUCCCUCUGGCAGCCCAAACUACCAGCCUUCCGGCACCUAUAGUGCCCCUGAAUACUCCAGCGCCAGUGCCCAGCCCACCAGCGCCAACAUCGCUCCCUCCAGCGCCCCUGCCAGUUCCACCAUCGUCCCUUCUUCUACCACCUCUUCAUCCUCAGCGAGUAGCUGCGCGACCACUCUGUCUAGCACCUAUGAAGGCAACUAUCAGUACCCUCACCUGAUAAUCCCGAUCAACUCCUCUUCGCCUGAUACUGCCGCAGGAACUCAGUACUUCGGUACUGUCAGCUCGACCGUCUCGACCAUCUUCAACUUUGACAUUCCAGAAUCUGACGAGGGUAAGACUUGUAGUUUGCUGUUCAUGUUCCCCCUGAAGGAGGACCUCGAGACUUCCAGUUAUACCUUCAGCGGUGAUGGAAAGAUCGACUUCUCCAAGCUGUCUGCUGUUUCCACCCAGGCAACCACAUACAAUACGAGCCCGUCGGUCGCAGAGGACCUCGGUGAGAUUACUAUCUCCGAGGGCAACACAUACGUUGUGUCCACCUUCUCAUGCCCAGCUGGCGACGCUAUCGCCUUUGAGAUGAAGUCGGUUGGUAGCACCAACCUCCAUUGGUUCGAAGACUGGAACCCAUCUCCCCUGGGUCUGUUCAUCACAACCUGCUGA